ACUUGCUGUUGGUUCACUUCUUGGGAAGUCAUGUCUGGACGUGGUAAGGGCGGGAAGGGUUUGGGUAAGGGGGGUGCCAAGCGUCACCGUAAGGUGUUACGUGACAAUAUCCAGGGCAUCACCAAGCCGGCCAUCCGGCGCCUAGCCCGGCGUGGCGGAGUCAAGCGUAUUUCCGGUCUGAUUUACGAGGAGACUCGUGGGGUGCUCAAGGUGUUCUUGGAGAACGUGAUCCGGGACGCUGUAACAUACACGGAGCACGCCAAGCGCAAGACUGUCACAGCCAUGGAUGUCGUCUACGCCCUUAAACGCCAAGGACGUACCCUCUAUGGCUUUGGCGGCUAAGGUUUCUGAUUUCGCCACAGCGUGCAUUUCCGAACCAAAGGCCCUUUUCAGGGCCGCCCAAAUGUUCAGAAGAAGAGCUGUGGUAAUAUUACUGAGCCAAACAGCUCAAUGUGUAAGUACUGAUGUAGCCCAGAGAACAAGGAAGAUUGCGGGGAUUAAGUGUAAAACUCGGUCCUACGUCUGUUUAUACCCAUGCAACAGCCUCAGAACAAUGGUAUAUUUUUGCCCAUUUAGCUUCUCUUGUCCCGCUCUCACUGGAUAUGAGUAGGGGAGCAAUGAUACUCCAACUCGUUAAAGAAAAAUCAGUGAAAAACAAGUAUUGUAAGGAAUUUACACGUUUCCAGCGAACAAAGAGAAUCACUGCCCAAUCAGCGAACCCCAUCCGGGGCUGUCAACCAAUCAGAACUGAUGAGCUAAGCUGAGGCGAGCCAGAGAGGGGGAUGGGAAAACGAUGGAAAGCUUUUCGAGAAACGGCAAAAUCCUGUUUUAAGAAAAUUUUUAAAUUUGUCUUUUUUAUGGAUGGUGAAAUAGAGUAAGUGAUAUCUAAAUAUGCUUUUAUCUUGUAUAGAGAACAGUAUGGAAAUUACC